AUGGACAAGAUUGUACGCGUUGAACGGGCCUGGGGUGUAAACGAUGCAGCAAUAAGAAGCGAUCUACAGUCGGCAUGGACCCACGAUCUCUUGUUCGGGCUUGCCACUAGCAUCUUUACUUCGACCGUCAUCCUGCUUUUGGACACUCUCUUUGGCCUUCUUAAUCGGACUCUGCAACGAUUACAGAAGAUGCAGAUCAACAACGCCAAAAAGUUUCCCUUCGAGUCUCUACCGCAAGAGCUGCGUGACAUGGUCUACAAAAACCUUAUAGAAGACCCCUCUUACCCCCCACCUGCUGCACGUCAGAGCGCAUCGUCGCUGGAUCGGAUGCUUACAGGUCUCUGGAGAUCAUCCACCAACUCACAGAAAGCUACACGUGCAUUUGGUUCCAGCAACUGGAUAUUCCUCGCCAACAAGCAAAUACACACCGAAUAUAUGGACAUGCUCUGCAAGCAAGGUACCUUCAACCUUAUCGUCUCCUCCGAGAACUACCAACCCUCCACGCCCAACGACAAGAUCUGGAGCAUCGCCCCCUCCACAAUCAAACAAAUCCGCAAAGCAUCGCUCCAACUCACAACCACCAGCGCAAUGCUCGGCUGCGCCGACCCACGCACCAUGGCGUCAUCAUCCUGGGCUCUCGCAGCACGCCUCCGCUCCGAGCUCUCGGCUCUGGAAUCGUGUACCCACCUCACCCUCAACGCAACGGCCAUUGGCGACCCGCUUUGGAACCCGCUCUGGAUCUGGUACCACUCAAGUCAGUCGUUUAAGCACAUAGGCACCAUUUCGUCGGACUGCCCUAACGGACCGGUGCUUGACAAAAUCACGUUCAGCCUCGAUACAUGGAGUCCAGGUGAGAACUAUCUGCAGCGCGAUGAGGCGAACAAGGGGGAUUGGACGUGGUAUUGUAUGAAGGGUCACGAUGUGGGGGUUGAUGGGGGACCAGAGCAGACAGUGAGGGAGUUCUGUGGGAUGUUGUACCGGGAGUGUAGAAUGUGUCGACCGGUCGAGGAGGGUGAGGGAGAGGAAGAACAUUAA